AUGGGAGCUGCCGCUUCGAUUUUUAUCGCCGGAGCUCUGUGCAUGGCGUUAGCACCGACCUACGCUAUCCUCGUUACAGGACGUGUCAUUACAGGUGUUGGUGUCGGAUUCGGUCUUGCUCUACCUCCUCUGUUCAUCUCAGAAAUUUCUCCUCCCGGUCAGCGGGGCGGGCUGGUUUCUUUCGGGGAGCUUUUUAUCAACAUUGGCAUUGUAGUGGGCUUCUUGACCUCCUUUCUUCUUUCCGGGCUGCCCGUGGAUACAGCCUGGAGGUGGAUGUUGGGGCUGGGAGCCGUUCCGGGCUUUAUCCUCGCAGUAGGAGUGGUUUUCCUGCCCGAAUCCCCGCGCUGGCUGAUCAUGCACGGGCAGGUGAAAAAAGCCAAGGAUAUCCUCCUUACCAUAUCUGACAGCAAAGAGGAGGCCCAUGAACGGAUGCUGGAGAUUCUCGAAGCAGCAGGGCUGAAGGAGGAAGUUAUCAGCAAAGGCUCGGAUAUUUCCGCUGCCCGGGGCAGAAGCAAUUCCCGCGAGCGGCUGGGAGGCAGCGGGGCCGAGGGUGCGGGAGAUACAGUGUAUAUGGACGAGGAAGAGCAAGAAAUCCACGUGAUACGGCCAAUGGAGGGUGCAGGCGGGACGGGUGUGUGGAAGGAGUUGCUCUGGCCGACGCCGGCGGUGGGGAGGAUGCUGGUGGUGUGCGUGGGCACAAAUUUCCUGCAGCAGGCGGUGGGGAUUGACGCGGCUGUGUAUUACUCGCCUGUGGUGCUGCGGGAUGCGGGGGUGACGUCUACGCGCGCGCUGCUGGGGGCGACGCUGCUGAUGGGGGUGAUCAAGGUGUCGUUUGUUGGCAUUGCCACGUGCAUGCUGGACCACUUCGGACGGAGACCGCUGCUGCUAGCGUCCACUGCAGGCAUGACGAUUGCGCUCCUAACUCAAGCCCUGGCCUUCCUCAAGCUCCCCACCGCUGUUGACGCAGAUGUCACCGCCACCACAGGAGUCCCAACAGCCGCCAUUGUUGCUUUCACCGGCCUCUGCUUUUACGUCGCCUUUUUCUCGAUCGGUAUUGGUCCCAUCAACUGGUUAUACACCUCGGAGAUCUUCCCCCUGAGGCUGCGAGCACAGGCAACUGGUAUCGGCACGGCUGUCAACAGGAUCGCGUCUGGCGUGGUCGCGAUGACGUUUUUGAGUUUGGCCGAUGCGACGGGCAGUCCUGCGGGGCCGUUUUUCAUGUUUGCCGGGAUGGGAGUGGUCGCUUUUGUGUUUUUCUUUUUUCUUGCACCCGAGACGAGAGGGAAGAGCUUGGAGCAGAUAGUGAGGAUGUUUGAAAAGGGGACAUACGCAUGGGUGAAGGAGGCUCCGGAGGAGAUUCCGAGCGUGGUGAAUCUCCACUACAUGCUCUCCAAGGCCGUGGUCAAGGCGAGACCCAACGUGCUCUGGUGCUACAAGAAGGACCUUUUCCUUAGCAGCAACCGGAAAAAACGCAUGAGGCAGAUGAAGAAGAUGAUGCAGCGAGGGCUGCUGGACCCUGAGAAGGAGGAUCCAUUCGCUCUCUUUAUGGCCUCUACGGCCAUCCGCUACUGCUACUACGCAGAGACGCACAAGAUCCUCGGAAACACCUUCGGCAUGUGUGUGCUGCAGGAUUUUGAGGCCCUGACGCCCAACCUGCUGGCGCGCACGAUAGAGACGGUGGAGGGCGGGGGGAUCAUCGUGCUGCUGCUCUCCUCCCUCACCUCCCUCUCCCGCCUCUUCACCCUCGCCAUGGACGUGCACGCACGCUACCGUACUGAGUCCCACGGGGAUGUGGUGGGGCGCUUCAACGAGCGCUUCAUCCUCUCCCUCGCCUCCUGCCCCACGUGCUGUGUCAUGGACGAUGAGCUCAACAUCCUGCCCUUGUCCUCCCACAUGCGCCAUCUCCAACCGUCUCCAUUCACAGAGGGCGAGGCAGUGGAGUCGGAAUCCGACAGGGAGUUGAAGGAGCUCAAGGAGUCGCUAGCAGACACCCAGCCAGUGGGGGCGCUGGUGGCCACGUGUCGCACGCUGGACCAGGCCAAGGCAGUGGUGACGUUCCUUGAUGCUGUGUCUGAGAAGACUCUGAGAUCUACCGUGGCGAUCACUGCUGCCAGAGGAAGGGGGAAAUCCGCUUCUCUUGGUGUCGCUGUGGCUGGUGCCGUGGCGCUGGGCUACUCCAACAUAUUCGUGACGGCGCCGAGCCCGGAGAAUCUGAAGACACUGUUUGAGUUUGUGUUCAAGGGCUUUGACGCCAUCGGGUACAAGGAGCACAUAGACUACGAGCUCGUUGAAAGCACCAACCCCGCCUUCAACCGCGCCAUCGUGCGAGUGAACGUGUUCCACCAGCACCGGCAGACCAUUCAGUCAGUUCCAGCACACGUGGAGUGGAAACUUUUGAGAAUUCUCAAAAGUAGCACACGUGGAGUGGAGAGCACCAACCCCGCCUUCAACCGGGCCAUCGUGCGAGUGAACGUGUUCCACCAGCACCGCCAGACCAUUCAGGUGAGAGCUUGUCCUUGUGGUCAGCGAAGGAGCUCAAAUGGGUUCAAGGCGGUUGAAUCAGUCCCAGCACAUGUGGAGAGCACCAACCCGGCUUUCAACCGCGCCAUCUUGCGAGUGAACGUGUUUCACCAGCACACGCAGACCAUUCAGGUGCUUGAGGGCCAUGCAGCCCCCAUUCAGUACGUGAUGCCACAGCACGCGGAGCGAGUGCAGAAGGCGGAGCUGCUGUACGUGAUGCCACAGCACGCAGAGCGAGUGCAGCAGGCGGAGCUGCUCGUGAUCGACGAGGCAGCAGCCAUCCCGCUGCCCAUGGUCAAGGCGCUCCUGGGACCGUACCUCGUGUUCAUGGGCUCGACUGUUAACGGCUAUGAGGGCACGGGGCGGUCCCUCUCCCUGAAGCUCAUCCAGCAACUCAGGGAGCAAUCCAAAGGGGCCGUCGCUGCUGGCGCUGCUGCUGGUGGCGGUGCUGGUGCAACCGCUGAUGGUAGUGGCAGUGGUGGGGGCGGGGGGGUGAGUGUGCGGGUGCUGAGGGAGGUGGAGCUACAGGAGCCGAUUCGGUAUGCGGAGGGGGAUCCCGUGGAGAAAUGGUUGAACCACCUGCUGUGCCUCGACGCCACCUCUCAUGUGCCGAAGCUACAGGCACGGGAGGUGGAGCUGCAGGAGCCGAUCCGGUAUGCGGAGGGGGACCCUGUGGAGCGAUGGUUGAACCACCUGCUGUGCCUCGAUGCCACCUCUCAAGUGCCCAAGCUGCAGGCGCGCAUGCCGCACCCAGACGAGUGUGAAUUGUUCUAUGUCAACCGAGACACGCUCUUCUCCUUCCACUCCGCGUCAGAGCUCUUCCUCCAGAGAAUGAUGGCACUAUACGUGUCCUCUCAUUAUAAGAACACGCCCAACGACCUGCAGCUCAUGUCCGAUGCUCCAGCCCACCACCUCUUUGUCCUUCUGGCUCUUUCUCUUCCUGGCCUUGCAUUCACCAACGUUUCUCUGUCCUCCUCUCUCCCUGGCCUUCCCCCUUCCACCCGUCUGCCCGUGCACCCGUUCACCGAUGCAGGUCCAGUGGACGAGUCACAGACUUCGCUACCUGAUGUGCUGUGUGUGCUGCAGGUGUGUCUAGAGGGGGAGAUAUCAAGGGCAUCAGCACUCAAGGGUCUCUCACAGGGCCAUCAGCCAACAGGCGACCUGCUGCCCUGGACACUCUCCCAGCAGUUCCAAGACUCUGAGCUCCCUCCCCACUCUGCUCAUUACCCUCUUCCUUUUCCUCUCUCCACUCCUCUCAACAACAGGUGUGCUUGGAAGGAGAAAUUUCAAGGGCAUCAGCACUCAAGGGUGUGCUUGGAAGGAGAGAUAUCAAGGGCAUCAGCAUUGAAAGGCCUCUCCCAGGGACACCAGCCCACAGGCGACCUGCUGCCAUGGACGCUCUCCCAGCAGUUCCAGGACUCCGAGUUUCCUUCACUCUCCGGCGCUCGGGUGGUCCGGAUCGCCGUUCAUCCCGACCUGAUGCACGCGGGAUACGGAUCCAGAGCCGUUGAUCUGCUGUCCAGGUACUAUGAGGGUCAGUUGACAAGCAUGGGGGAGGAUAACGAGGAGGAGAGCGAGGGGGAGAGAGCAACAAGGUACUAUGAGGGGCAGUUGACAAGCAUGGGAGAGGAUAGCGAGGAGGAGAGCGAGGAGGAAGAGGAAGGCGGGAAGCGACACUCCAAGGCUGUUCAAGAGGCUCGGGAGAAUGGAUCGGGUUCAUUGUUGGAGGAGCAAUUGGCUCCACGCUCGGGACUGCCGCCACUGCUGCAGCCGGUGGGGGAGAGGCGGCAGGAGCAGCUGCACUACGUGGGCGUGUCAUUCGGGCUGGGGCAGCAGCUCUUCAACUUCUGGCGCCGGCAGGCGUUCGUUCCGCUCUAU